GAGGCUUGGCCAGUCGCUGUAGGUGAACGAGCAGAGAGCAGUGAGGUACUAGGACAAAAAUGAGUGUCGAGUAAAUUACCGUCCGUCGGAGACACUGUUCCUCUUCUGCCAGCGCCCAUGGGCGAGGCCCAGGAGCGACAGCGACACGUUAGGACCGACUGAGCCCGACGGUGAGGCGCUGUUCCACAGGUUCUUCCCGGUGGACGUUCACAUAUGAUGGAACGGGCGAUGGAGCAGCUCAACGUACAGCUCAGCCGGCUGACUCGGUCCCUCCGCCGGGCCAGGACAGUGGAACUCCCGGAAGACAAUGAAACUGCUGUGUACACUCUUAUGCCAAUGGUCAUGGCUGACCAGCACAGGUCAGUGUCAGAGCUGCUGCUCAACUCCAAGUUUGAUGUGAACUACGCCUUUGGACGUGUAAAGAGAAGUCUGUUGCACAUCGCUGCCAACUGUGGUUCAGUGGAAUGUCUGAUUCUGCUGCUAAAGAGAGGAGCCAACCCAAACUACCAGGACAUCUCCGGCUGUACCCCUCUGCAUCUCGCUGCUAGGAAUGGACAGAAGAAGUGCAUGGGCAAACUAUUGGAAUUUAAUGCUGAUGUCAACAUCUGCAACAAUGAGGGACUAACUGCUAUCCACUGGCUGGCAGUGAACGGGCGGACGGAGCUCCUCCAUGAUCUGGUCCAGCAUGUGACCAAUGUGGAUGUAGAGGAUGCCAUGGGACAGACAGCACUACAUGUAGCCUGUCAGAAUGGACACAAAACAACGGUGUUGUGCCUUCUGGACAGCGGAGCUGACAUCAACAGGCCAAACGUCUCUGGAGCCACGCCUCUUUACUUUGCCUGCAGCCAUGGCCAAAGAGACACAGCACUGAUCCUGCUCUCUCGAAGUGCCAAAUACCUGGCUGACAAGAAUGGAAUCACUCCUCUGGAUCUCUGUGUGCAGGGUGGAUAUGGGGAGACCUGUGAGAUCCUCAUCCAACAUCACAGCCGACUCUUCCAGACCCUUAUCCAGAUGACACAGAAUGAUGAGAUUAAAGAGAGCAUGCUCAGGCAGGUUCUGGAGCAUGUCUCUCAGCAGAGUGAUAGUCACUACCAGAGGAUCUUGACUAGUCUCGCUGAAGUGGGGACCACCAAUGGACACAAACUUCUCAGCCUGUCCAGUAGUUUCGAACCUCAGAUGAAGAGCCUGCUGAGAAUCGUUCGUAUAUUCUGCCACGUGUUCUGCCUCGGGCCUUCGUCCCCCAACAACGGCAACGACAUGUGCUACAACGGCAACAAGACACCUCGCAGCCAGGUCUUUAAGCCAUUGGAGCUGCUGUGGCACUCCCUGGAUGAGUGGCUAGUGCUCAUCUCCACAGAGCUGGACAGGAACAGGAAGAACCCAUCCUCCUCCUCCUCCGGGAGCGAGAUAGCCUCUCUGCUUCUCAAACAGCGGGAGGUUGACCACUCUGGCGCUGCACCAAAGCUUCCUUCCUCGCUGGACCCUCAGAUCGUCAUGGAAACAGAGGUCUACGCUGACGGGGAGGACGUCAUCUCCAUGACAGCCAAUCGGCUCAGUGCUGUGAUCCAGGCCUUCUACAUGUGCUGCUCCUGUCAGAUGCCACAAGGAAUGACGUCCCCUCGCUUCAUUGAAUUUGUCUGCAAGCAUGACAACGUGCUCAAGUGUUUUGUCACCAGGAAUCCAAAGAUCAUCUUUAACCACUUCCACUUCCUCCUGGAGUGUCCAGAGAUAAUGUCACGCUUCAUGCAUAUAAUUAAGGGGCAGCCCUUCAAGGAUCGCUGUGAGUGGUUCUACGAGCAUCUGCUGGCCGGCCAGCCAGACUCAGACAUGGUUCAUCGUCCCGUCAACGAGAACGACAUCCUCCUCAUCCACAGAGACUCCAUAUUCAGGAGCAGCUGUGAGAUGGUUGCCAAGUCCACCAACGAGAAACUCAAACAGGGCAUUGCUGUUCGCUUCCACGGCGAGGAGGGCAUGGGUCAGGGUGUGGUUCGGGAGUGGUUCGACAUCCUGUCCAAUGAGAUCAUCAACCCAGACUAUGCUCUGUUCACUCAGUCAGCUGAUGGAACCACUUUUCAGCCCAACAGCAACUCCUCGGUGAACCCAGACCAUCUGAACUACUUCCGGUUUGCAGGUCAUAUCCUGGGUUUGGCUAUGUACCAUCGACAGCUGGUGAACAUCUACUUUACCCGCUCCUUCUACAAACACAUACUGGGUAUCCCAGUGAGCUACCAGGAUGUAUCAUCCAUUGAUCCAGAGUAUGCUAAGAACCUGCAGUGGAUCCUGGACAACGACAUCAGUGAUCUGGGUCUGGAGCUCACCUUCUCUGUGGAGACAGACGUGUUCGGGGCGAUGGAGGAAAUGCCGCUCAAACCUGGAGGGACAAGCAUCCUGGUCACCCAGGACAACAAGGAAGAGUACGUGCAGCUGGUAACGGAGCUGAGGAUGACACGAGCCAUCCAGCCUCAGAUAAACGCCUUCCUACAAGGAUUCCACACUUUCAUCCUCGCCUCACUCGUCCAGCUUUUCGACGAAUACGAAUUGGAGCUCCUGCUGUCAGGGAUGCCGGAGAUCGAUGUGCAGGAUUGGUACAAGAACACUGAGUAUACCAGUGGCUACGACCCCCAGGAGCCCGUCAUCCAGUGGUUCUGGGAGGUGGUGAAGAGCCUGACCCAGGAGGAACGAGUUCUUAUGCUUCAGUUUGUCACUGGAAGUUCCAGGGUUCCUCAUGGCGGUUUUGCUUACCUGAUGGGCGGCAGCGGUUUACAAAAGUUCACCAUUUCUGCAGUGGCAUUCACCUCCAACCUUCUACCUACCGCUAGUACCUGUAUCAACAUGCUGAAACUACCAGAAUACCCGAGUAAGGAGGUUCUGAGAGACCGGCUGCUCGUAGCUCUGCAUUGUGGGAGCUAUGGCUACACCAUGGCGUAAACACCACAUCAGUUCCUGCUACCAUGAGAGGCUGCAGACCCAAGCAACAAUCCCACCUCCACACACGUUCAUUUAGCUAUCAGGUACUGCUUUUGACAACAACAAAAAAAGGAAAUCCAGAUUCAUAUUGAGCUGCUGGACAGGCACAACAGACUGAAUAGAGGCCACAGGUUCUGGAGCUCCACUCAUACCUGUGCCUUAACUCUUUUUUCUGUUUUUAUUGAAGCUGGUUUCAGGUAAUUUAUGCAAAUAAUGAUUUGAUGUCUUCAAAUUUCACUAUUUGAAAGCAUUUAUGAAAAACAGCAUUUAUGAAAUGAACUCUACUUAAAACACAGGCUAAAGCAUAUUAAUGCAGGCUUACUGAAUGUCAAAUAUUGACUGAGUUUAAGAUGAUUUCCAUAUGGAUACAGGAUAGAAUUGAUCAGCUUUAAAUACGCUGUCAAUCAAACUAUCAUAUUCAUAUCAGUGCAGAUUUAUUUAAAGGGCCUUCCCCAGGCCCACAUACCAGCAACCUGGUAUAAUAUCAUUUUAGUUAGUUUAGUUUUUAAGAUUUUUAUUUAUUUUUAAGUCUCCAUUUCCCUGUUUUAAACGUCCUUUCAUUUGGUUUAAAUAAACGAUCCAAGCUUCUCAGCUGCCAAUGGGAACAUACGUGGUGUGCUGCUUUACCAGCCUCCACUCUUCUGCUUUCACAUCCUUGGCUGCAGGGAUUUUCUACCAUUCAGUUACAAGAGCAUCAGGGCAGCCCAACACUGAUGUCGUGUGAUAAAGCCAUGCUGGCAGCCGGUAUUCCUGUUCCCCUCCAAGGUAUUGGGGGUAGUAGACGUCAGGGCUCUGUGCAGGAUGGUCAUUUUCUUCCACAACAAACUGGGAAAACUGGCUGUGUGCAGCAACAAAGAGCCACAAACAAAUGGUUUACCUAAAAGGGAAGACUACUAUUAUUAUGAUGUGUGGUAUUAAUAUGUUUCCUCAAUAAAAAAUAAGGGGCCCUUACUAGAUGAAAUACACCUAGUUUAAAUGUACACCCAAGUACUGUAUGUGAGCUGUGGUGUCCAAAUACUUUUGGCCAUAAAGUGUUUGUAAAAUGCAGUAUUCAAGCUCAAAUAAUGAUUAUCCAAAUAAAGCAUUAACAGGGGUCAGGAAUCUUACAUUUACAGAAAAUAAAAGUUAACACAACAAUGAAUUAUGUUGCAAAUACCAUAGUAUUAGUAAUAACCUGGCUAAGGUCCUUUGCAGAUACACACAGAUACUACACCAAUAAAAAAUACAGAUACACACUGAUAUUCGACGAUUACAAUGCAGAACAACACGGAUACUGCACCAAUCACAACACAGUCAGACACACAGAUAUUGGAUCAAAUCAAAAUACAGCCAACAUUCCAAAAUAGAUGUCCAUUUGAAAAUACCAAUGGAGGGGGCGCUAACACUGCAGGAUAAUAUAAUAGUAAGUGUAAUAUUUAUUCCUUUUGGGUAAUUAAAAAGUUACCUAUUCAAAUUAAAACUAAGGAUAAAUAUUUGCAAUUUCUCAGAAAAAUAAGUAUGCAGAAGAUAACCCGAAUAUACACUACAUUGAGGUGAGGCCUUUGAAGAUACUGUAUGAUCAAGGUGUUCUGUGUGAACAUUCCCUAAGUAUAAAAGGUAUGUGUCAUGUGUUUGAACCUGCACCUCUUUGCGCUUCAUGAACAGCAGUUUUCUUUAGUGAUGGUUUAUUUGUUUGUUUGUAUCUGUCCCAGUCGAGUAGACUCUUAAAUGAGGAAUGAUACAACAUAUCUGAACAUGUUUGGCCUGCAUUGCCAAAAAGACAAAGCUGGAAUCAUUUUAAAUGCGUUAUUUUUUUGUAUUCUGCCGAAACAAAGAUGCUGAAAAUGUGCUGUAUUUCUAAAAGGAAUGGGGACAACGUCAUGAAUGUAUCAGGUAGCUUAGUUUUCCUUCUUUCCAUUUGUAAAGGGAGUAUAUUGAUUUAAAACGUACAAUCCCAUUAUCCAACGGUAUUGUGUUGAAUGAAUCAUCUAAAAGCCUUUGUAUACUGAUAUACAUUUAUACGAACUUCUGUAAAUAUCUUCAGUAUCAAAUUAUGUUGUUUGUCAGAAUAAGUUUUUUGUGCUUUGAGAUUUUAUCCAAUAAACCUUGUUUUGAGAA